CUGAUCUCCAUUUGGAGGAGUUUUCCUUUAACACUAGAAGAAAUAUGUGCCACAGCUCGAGAACCUUUCAGUACACACUCCACAACAACAAGAGAAGCAGAUUGCUGAUUUUUCACCUGAAGAGAUCAUCUGACAUUACUGCGCUGUGAGAUUUUAAAAACUUUAUAACUUUAUUUAUACGGCAUGGUAACAGGCCCUUCCGGCCCAACGAGCCCACGCCACCCAAUUACACCCAUUACUAAGACCUAAUUUCUUCGUCAUUUAUCGACACCGUUUACUGUGUGUGCGACCUAGAUAUUUUUUUCUUCCCUGAAAAGCUAUUCAAGAGAAAAUAGAUGCCAAGCCUAUUCAAUGUCACAUCACUUGAAGACUCAUCAUUCCAGGAACCAGUCUUGUGAAGUUUUUCUGCACUACCUCCAUAGCAAGUAUAUCCAUUUUUAGUAUUCCGACCUUGAAAUUUGAUUGUCAUGGCAGGCAUUGACUUCACUGCUUUCUUGGAUUACUUGGAUGAGCAGAAUAUUUCGACAGCAAAUGAAACCUGGAUCACUUGUGUAAAUGGCUCCGAUUGUUUGACCUGGGAAAUUUAUCAUUGUAUGCAAAAUGUCAAUAAGAAUGCUAUCCUAUACAUAAUAUCAUUCUUUUACAUCCUGAUUUUUAUCAGUGGUUUGGGGGCCAACAUUAUUGUGGUCUAUGUGAAUGUGAAGUCAAUUCACUCAAGACAUGAAACACACUUCUACAUCCUGAACCUGGCCAUUGCAGACUUGUGUGUGGUAAUUACUCUCCCUAUCUGGGUCACAUCCUUCAUUCAACAUGGCACUUGGCCUUUUGGAGUGUUCAUGUGCAAAUUUACUCACCUCAUCUUCAGUGUCAACCUGUUUGGGAGUAUCUUCUUCCUAACAUGUAUGAGUGUGGACAGGUAUGUAUCAGUGAUGUGGUUCCAAGAUUCUGUUGACCGAAAGAAAGUGUUGAUCCGUAAAGUUAUCUGUGUGUUUAUCUGGAUUUUUGCCUUACUGGUAUCAGUUCCAGAUUUAAUUUUCUUGAAAGUGAAUAGCAAUCAUCAGGGUGCGCCCAUCUGUCAUUUAUCUUACCCUGAGGACAACUUCAGAGAAUGGAUGGCUGGGAUGGAAAUUUGUUGCAUCAUUAUAGGAUUUCUUAUCCCAUUCCUCGUUAUUGCAGUUUUUUAUUUCCUCCUAGCAACAGCCAUCCCAAUUGCAAAUGAUCCAGAGAGGAAAAAUAGCCGGAAGAUAAUAUUUGUCUAUGUGAUUGUUUUCCUAAUCUGUUGGUUUCCUUACCACUCUAUUCUGUUUCUUGAUGUUUUGUGGUUCCUAGAUCUUUUAUCUUUCAGUUGUCAGCUAGAAAAUUUCAUUAUUAUUUCCCUUCACAUCACUCAGUGUCUAUCUCUAAUACAUUGCUGUGUCAAUCCCAUACUCUACAGUUUCAUUAAUAAAAACUAUAGAUAUGAUCUUAUGAAAGCUUUCAUUGUCAAAUACUCUGUCAAAUCCGGCAUCAUGAAACUUAUGGAUACUACAGAAACGGAGUGCUGCAUACUAGAGUGUUCCUAAAGUAACCUUCCAUUUUUGAACAGACAUUUCCUUCUCAAAGACACACUUAGUUACUAUGGCAAAUUCUACUGAUUGAUUCAUUUGUGCAAUUUCUAUUGUAACUUAGAAGGAUUUGAGAUGCUGAUUAAAUAUUUCCGGGCAGCAGGAACAAAUUUCUAAUUGAGGGAGUUUACACUUGCAAGCAUAUACGUACCUGGCAGAUUGUAUGGAGUCAACUAACCUUUAAAUUCACAUAAAAGCUACAUGUAUUGAUAAUAUAUGCAAAGUGUUUAUAUACAUUUAUGAAUUAUAUUAAAUAUGGGAUUGCACUAAUAUAAUAUGCAGGUUCAAGGGUCCCAGAGAUUAGGGGAACUACCUCCUCCAGAGAUGCAGAGAUAAAUAGGCUGUGGAUGUAGAAUUAUUUUUGCUAAUGAAAUCUAAACUACUUUUAAUCCUGCAAUAUUGCUCACAUUCAUUUACACCUCAACCCAUCUUCUGCUGAAACUCACUUUUAUAACUUUUGAAAAAUAUGUCAUACAUUUAUUUGCAAAAAACUUAGAAAGGUGGAAUACUUUUUUAAAUGGUGAGAGAUUGACAGGUGUUAGUGUUCAGAGAGAUCUGGGUGUCCUUGUACACAAUCAUUCCAAACACAUUGAUUCCACAGGCAAUCAGUAGGUUGGCCUUUAUUUAACAAUAAAGAUGUCACCCUCCAGUUAUACAGGGUCCUAGUGAGACCACAGCCAACAUACCAUCUUCUGUCUUGUCAAGAAAGGAUAUUCUAGCCAUUGAGGGAGUGCAAAGAAGAUUCACUAGAUUGAUUCCUGAUGGGAAGGGUAGAAGGUACGUGUUUGUCCCAUGAGGGGAGAUUAAGCAUAUUGGACGUAUACACUCUGGAGUUUAGAAGAAUGAAAGGUGAUCUCAUUGAAAUGUGCAAAGUUAUUUUGGAGCUUGACCCAAUGAUUUUUUUCCCCCUUGCUUGGAUUUCGACAACCAGGGAACAUAUUCUCAAAAAAAGGGGUCAAUUAUUCAAGACAAAGAUGUGAAGAAAUUUCUUCCACAGCUGAUCGUAAAACUUCAGAAUUCUCUCCUAAAGGAGUUGUGGAAGCAGCAGCUUAUUUUCAAGAGAGAGAUGUACAGAUUCUUAGAUAUCCAGGAAUCAAGGAAAAAGGAAUCAGUGAAGAAAGGUGACGUUGAGGUUAAAGAUCAUCUAUGACCUGACUGAAUGGCCUACUCCUUCCUUUUUUUUUAAUACCCUUAUAGCACUUCAAUGCAUCCUCAACCUCCAUAGGCUCAAACAUACAAAACUGUGUUGCCAGUAUUCUAUCCUCCAAUAUCUGCCUUUCCAUUUACACCCACAUUGGCCCAGAAACACUUUUGUGUUCAAAUCCUUCUAUGACUUGCUACCUUCCUACCUUUGUAAUCUCCAAUCUUGGCACCCCAUUUGAAAUCUGUGUUUCUCAUGUUGCCUCUUGUGCAUCCCUUAUCAUUUUGCACUGUUAAUGGGGACCAUGCCAUAUCAUUAAGGUGUCAAGCUCUGGAAUUAGCCCCCAAGAUCUCUGCCUCCUCCUACUCCUUUCAAACCUUUUGCAAAUGUUUUCAGUCUCUCCUCUAAUACUAUUACAUUCUUAAAACUUGGCAUUCAGCUUCUGCGAUGUUUACCCACACUGAAGUCAGCAUAUAAGUGCAGGUUAUGACUGUAGCUGUGGAUAUCUCUUGAACUCAGGUGCUACCCACCCCAAAGGCUUCCAUGUAAAUUAUUCAACACUUUUGACUUUUUGUUUGAAAUGAUUUACUUUCUUACUCCAAUAUUAUUUAUUUAUGUCAUUGGUUUGUGAUUUCUUGAGCACAGAGUAAAAGUUCCAAAUAAAUAUUGUCAAUUUUAAAAACUCAAUUAGAUCAAUUUGAAUCCUGACCCCUACUCAGGCUCUCUUGAAGUAUCAGGUCUGGUUAAGUGAUAGGAUUCGUAUCUCUGAUUCACAAGAUCAUAAGUUUUGAACUCAUUUUUAGGCUACUACUUAAGUAGGCACGGUAGCGUAGUGGUUAGUGUAACGCUAUUACAGCGCCAGCAAGCUGGGUUCAAUUCAGGCUACUGUCUGUAAGGAGUUUGUACGUUCUCCCCGUGUCUGUGUGGGUUUCCUCCAGGUUCUCCGAUUUCCUCCCACAUUCUAAAGAUGUACGGGUUUGGAAGUUGUGGGCAUGCCACGUUGGCGCCAGAAACGUGGCAACACUUGUCGGCUGCCCCUGAGCACUCUACGCAAAAGGUGCAUUUCACUGUGUGUUUGGAUAUACAUGUGACUAAUAAAGAUAUCUUAUGUCUUAGAAGUGCAAAUGAGACAUUAAACAGGCUUUUUCUGUCCACAUAGGAGGGUUUGCGUGACCCCAUGACAUUCUUCAGUUUUCUCAAAUGCAGCAGAGAUAAACAUAUUACAACUAAAGUGCUAGGUCAUUAGCAUUGUCUCAGACAAAAUUGGUUCAUUGACUAGCAGUAAAACAAAUUAUGUAAUUACUGUCCCAUUACUAUUUGUGAGAUCAUUCUAUGCAACAAAUUGGCUGUUGUUUUCUUUUUCUUACAGUUUAAUUCCUGAUAUGUAAAAUCUUUUUUCAGUCGUGACAUUCCUAGGGAAAGGCCUAAUUUCUGUUUAAUGCUCCAAAAUGUGUCACAGGACUAAUAUCAGAAGUUAGCAGCUAUUUAGUUUAUUAUGCACAUGAAUCACUGCAUGACCAACCUUUUGUACGUGCAUAUUAAAUACGCACAAAUCUUUCAUUUGUUUUCAUGAGUAGACUGGGUUCUAAUGGUGGCACCAGAUUUUCUUCCUGCAGUUGUUGCUAUAGUCAAUUUGCUAUAUAAUCGUAUUCUCAUAUCACAUAUACACACUUACAAUGUAGGAUACCAUUCUGCCCAUUAAAGCUAUGCCAGCUCUCUAUCCAAUGUCCCUGUAAUCGAUUCUCUCUAAUAUGUCCAUAAACUCCCAAAUUCUCUUGCCACUUACCUAUACUUGGGACAAUUUACAGUAGCCAAUUAACCUACCAGUGUGUCCUUAAGAUAUGGGAGAAAAACCAGAGCAGUCAGGGGAAACCUACACAAUCGCAGGAAAAAUGUCUGAACACCACACAGGUAGCACCAGAAGUCAGGAUCAAACCCAGGUCACUGGAGCUGUGUGGCAGCAGCAUUAUUUUGUUGUUAACUGUGGCUCAACAGUUUGACACCUAAUCAGGGGAUUCAGACAACUCAGCUAAGGAAUUGUGGAUAAAUUACAAUAAACUAUAGGCUAGGAUUGAACUGAAGGAUUCAGAAGGUUUAUCGUAUCUGGAAUAACGGAUACCUUGUAAGGAACUACAUGAUAGAGUAUAGGCAAGGGUUUACAUACAAAAUAUGGAUUUGAAAAAGUAGAGUUUGGUUCUAAAUUUAUGUUGAUGGCGGCUCCAAUGUUGGUACCGACAACUUGUUAAUAAUGAUAUUAUAAUAUCCAUGCAGUAAGACAGCAAUUAAUAAUCAAUCUUUGUUGAUGUGAAACACUAUAUCCUUAUGAUAGACUAAGGGAGCUAGGGCUUUACUCUUUGGAGAAGAGGAUGAUGAGGGGAGACAUGAUAAAGGUAUACAAAAUAUUAAGAGGAAUAGAGUAGAUAGCCAGCACCUAUUUCCCAGGGCACCAAUGCUCAAUACAAGAGGGCAUAGCUUUAGAGUAAUGGGUGGGAAGUUCAAGGGAGAUGUCAGAGGGAGGUUUUUCACCUAGAGAGUGGAUGGUGCAUGGAAUGCGCUGCUUGGGGUAGUGGUGGAGGCAGGUACAUUGGUCAAGUUCAAGAGAUUGUUAGAUAAGCAUAUGGAGGAAUUUAAAAUAGAGGGAUAUGUGGGAGGAAGGGGUUAGAUAGUCUUAAGCAAGAUUUAAAGGUUGGCACGACAUGGUGGGCCAAAGGACCUGUAUUGUGCUAUAUUGUUCUAACGACAAACUGAUUAAAAUUAUUGUACAAGCCUCACCCUAUAGUAAAUCACUAUGCAUAAUGUAAAAAUGCUCUGUUGCGCUGACAAUGCAUUGAUAUGUUUAGCUUGCAUAGAUCAAAGAUUUAUGAACUGUACCAGUGUCCUGACAUAUAAGGGCAAAUACCUUUCAAUAAAUAUAUCUGAACUUAAAUUUUGUAAAUAG